AGGCAAGUGGCAGAACCACUGAGCUGAAUCCCUGGCCCCUCUCAUCGUAUUUUUAAGGGAGUGACCAGCUUCCUGGAGAUUGCUCGUUCCCUCAGACCUUCAGUAGCUUCCCAGAGAGUAAUGUUCCUUGGCUGUUCCCAAAGGUGACCCCUUCUCUGGCAGUCUCCGUUCCCGAAAGACCCCUCUUUCUUGGAGACCUUGGUUUUUCCAGUGAACCCUUUUUCUGGGCCUCCUCUCCUUGGGACUUGCUGACCCUCUGUGCCCACAUAGGUGAUGAUGUUUGGCAGCCUCGCCAUCGCCCAGGAGCUGCUGAAACAGGGUGCCAGCCCCAAUAUCCAGGAUGCCUCUGGCACGAGUCCGGUCCACGAUGCAGCCCGAACUGGAUUCCUGGACACGCUGAAGGUCCUCGUGGAGUACGGCGCCGAUGUCAACGCGCCCGAUGGCUCUGGGGCACUGCCCAUCCACCUGGCGGUGCGCGAGGGCCACACCUCGGUGGUCAGCUUCCUGGCCCCGGAGUCUGAUCUCUGCCACAGGGACGCCGCGGGGCUCACACCUGCGGAGCUGGCACGGCAGAGGGGGGCUCAGGACCUCGUGGACAUCCUGCAGGGGCACAAGGUGAUCCCACUGUGACCCUGGGCCACCUGCUCCAGCCAGAGAGCCGUGUGGGAUUAUCGGUCAGAAGAGGAGGCGACACUUCCCUUGCUGCUCCUGCCCGCUGAAGAAGGGGGAGGAGGACCAGUUUGUGGCUUAUUGGUGUUGAUUUCUGGGGUGUGUGUGUUUGGGGAUGUUUCUCGUUUGUUUUCUUCUUGUGGGUUGGACAAAGAGCCAUAGGCGACUGCAAUCUAAACGGUUCAGUUUCUUCUGCACCUCAGGCCCCUGGCUCGGGCUGCAGACGAGACCCAAGGGCAGCGCGUUAAAGCCCCAGCCCCAGAGUGGAGUAAUCUCUAGCAGGACUCCUAGAACCUGGUGACCUUGGCCAGCUGUGCUCCUGGCGAGUACUGAAGUGUGCGCGUUUCAGCAUGGGGGAGGGGGGAGUGUUUCAGAUUAAUCAAAGGGCAACAUGAGUUCUUUCAUAUUUUGUUGGAAGGUUUUUUCCAGUCUCUUGUACAGUUUUGAAAAAGAGAUCCUAUUUAUUAAGCUUUAUGGGAAAAAUUGUGUGUGUGAUAAUUUAACGUUUUUGCCCAUUAAAUUAAGACUUGUGCAUGUUC